UCUUCUACCCUCUUCAAAGCAAAGAUCUUGGAGCAUAGAUUCUAUCAACCCCAAAAUGGCCUCCUCUAAGCUCAGAAGCUCAUGCUCUUUCCCAAAUCUUCUCCUCUCGUGUUUAAAUUUUACCCUGUUUAUCCUCUCCUCAGCCUCUCUUGCACCCAUUAUUCUCCUAAAAAUGCCACCAACUUCUCUAGGCUUGGCAUUACUUACAGUUUCUUGCAUCUCCCUUCUCUGCUCGUUUGUCGGAUUUUACUCUCAGCUAAGUCAUUUCUGUUUCGUAACCCACAUUUCGCUUCACUUUGCCUCUUUGAUUGGACAAGUACUAAGCAUAUUAGUCUUAUUUACAAGAGAAAAAUCAAGCCUUUCAAUGCUCAAAUCCCCAAGAGACCCCAGAGAGGCGAAGCUUUUAGUGAGAAUAGAAUGUGGGGUUUUAAUGGCAAUGUUUAUUCUGCAGGUAAUGGUGUUAGCUUUGAGCUGCGCUGUACAUAACUGUUGGGUAAGAGAUUAUGAAAGUUUGGAUGCAGAAAGAGAGGCUGCAGCGAAAAAGAGAAGCAGAAAGAUUGCAAGAGUACAAGAGGAGUCCAUGGCAAAUGCAGCCAAAAUUGCGGAGAUAAAAGCCAAGGAAUUUGAUGAGAAGAUGAAGAGCAAAUAUGGGCAAUGGGUUAAAACUGAUUUUGAGGGAUAAAAUUAUAAAUGCCACAUUUGUGUGUGUGUGUGUUUUUCUUCCUUCUACUGCUGAUCUCUUCAUCUUUUUGGGGUCACUGCUGUAGUGGCCACUGUAGCAGUGGGUAUUACUUUGUGAGUUGGCCUUUUAUAUAUGUAUGAAUGUGCUUGUGGAAAAUCAAUUAUUUCUUGAAUUUAAGAAGUGAGUCAAUGAUUUGCUCACUUCCGUCA